AUGGUUCACGUUGAGGAAUCCUUGCAGUUGCCUCGAGAUUUUGAAGGCUUUGGAGAAGAAGGCCACGAUGCGCAAUGGCCAAAUGGAGCUCGGAUAGCAGUGUCAUUUGUACUGAAUUACGAAGAAGGUGGAGAGCGAAACCCCAUGGAUGGCGACGGUACCAGUGAGCCUUAUCUCUGGGAAAAGGGACCAUCGGGAGGCGGAAGAGAGCAGCGACACCUGAACGGCGAGCAGGACUACGAGUAUGGAAGUCGGUGCGGAGCCUGGCGCAUUUUCCGACUGAUGAAAGAGUUUGGCUGGAACAUGACUCUCUGGGCUAUCGCUGUAGCCAUGGAGAGAAAUCCUUCAUUUGCAAAAGCCUGCGUCAGAGACGGCCAUGAAAUCGGUGCUCAUGGAUAUAGAUGGCUUGAUAUCUGGGAUUACUCAUUAGAAGAUGAUAAAGCCUAUAUCAAGAAGACGUGCAAGGCUCUUGAGGCAGCCACUGGCGAGUUUCCUGUAGGAGCGUACUUUGGAAGAGGCACACCGAACACUGCCAGUCUACUGCCCAUUAUGUGGAAGGAGAUGGGCCACAAGAUGCUGUACACUUCAGAAGUGUACAAUGAAGAUUCCCCAUACUGGAUCGAUCUCCCAUGGGAGAAAGACCUCCCUGAUUCCGAGAAAGAAGGCUUGUUGAUGCUGCCAUACAACUACGACUGCAAUGAUGGAAAGUUUCACAUGCUUCCAGGUUUCGUCAGUUCAGCCGGUGCAGUGUACGAGCAGUAUCUGAAAGACACUUUUGACUGCUUAUACCGAGAAGGCGGAAAGAUGAUGACCAUACCCCUGCAUUCGAGGAUAGCCGGGAAGCCAGGAAGAUCGGAAAGCCUGCGCAACUUCAUGAAGUACAUUUCUCAGAAAGAACGUGUUUGGGUUGCGACUCGAAGGGACAUUGCCAAACACUACCGCAAGAUGUUCCCGUACAAGCCAGGCUCGAAGACUGGUGAGGCUCCGGCAGUAUGA